CUCCGGCCGCGGCGCUCGGCGGCGCUCGGCUGUCUCCGGCCCCAGCCGCUCGCUCGCUCGGCUCGGCCCCCUAGACUCCGGUCCCCGCCGUGGCUGCGGCGCUGGGGCAUUUCCCUGCGGUUCGGCUCGCAGACCCCGGCUCCCGCGCAGCCGGUUCCUGGCCCCGGGCACAUGCAGGCGAUCAAAUGCGUGGUGGUCGGCGACGGAGCCGUGGGGAAGACAUGCCUGCUAAUCAGCUACACCACCAAUGCCUUCCCUGGAGAGUACAUCCCUACCGUUUUCGACAAUUACUCAGCCAAUGUGAUGGUAGAUGGAAAGCCAGUGAACCUGGGGCUGUGGGAUACAGCUGGGCAGGAAGACUAUGACCGGCUUCGACCCCUCUCUUAUCCCCAGACUGAUGUCUUCCUGAUAUGUUUCUCCCUGGUGAGCCCAGCCUCCUUCGAGAAUGUCCGUGCCAAGUGGUACCCUGAGGUACGACAUCACUGCCCCAACACGCCAAUAAUCCUGGUGGGCACCAAGCUAGACCUUCGAGAUGACAAGGACACCAUUGAACGGCUUCGGGACAAGAAGCUGGCCCCCAUCACUUACCCCCAGGGUCUGGCCAUGGCCCGAGAGAUUGGCUCUGUCAAAUACCUGGAAUGCUCAGCGUUGACUCAGCGGGGGCUCAAGACAGUGUUUGAUGAAGCUAUUCGGGCAGUGCUGUGUCCCCCUCCCAUCAAGAAACCUGGAAAGAAGUGUACCGUGUUCUAAACCCUGCCCAGAGCCUCCUCUCUGGGAAAGCCCAAGGCCGAGGGGUUGGGACAGCAUCCCUAACCUCCAAGUGUGGUGUCAUUGUUGCAAUGUUUGGUUUCCCUUCAGUCUGAUGUGACAUGGGUGUAGGGAGUGGGAAGGUAGAGGGAGGGGGGUGGGGAGGGGAGGCUUGGGCUCUGGGGAGGGAAGAACAGCACAAGGAACAGGGCAUGCUGUCCCAGAGGGGCUGGAGGGAGGGCUGGUAAGGGAGAAAGGAAGCCCCUGCUCCCUCCUACCCAGGCCUGGGAAGCACAGCCUCCCACUCUGCUCUGUACCCAGGAGCCCAGGCCUCCAGCCAGCACAGGAGGGAGCAGGGGCAUGACCAGGGCAGCCCUAGGAUGGGCUUCCCGGGUUCAGGAGGGUGGGAGGAGGGAAGGGAGGGAAGUAUGUGACUGUGGGUUCUAUUCAUCCUGGCAAUCAUCCCUUAUUUUAUACAAUAAACAUUCUCCAUGAA